AUGGCCAAACCCCCCUCCGAAGCCCCACUCCUCCGCCGAAUACUCGCGAAGCUCAAAAGCUCCCACCCGGCCCUCGCCACCAAGCUCCACCACGACCCGGCCGCGAACGAGUGGUCGUUCGUCGAGCCCACCGGCCCGCACCACGUCGAGGUCAAGGUCCACGACCUCCAAUCGACCUCGGCCCUACUCAAAUCCCUCUCGGCCAAGAAAAAUUCCAACAGCGCCCUCACCCCUUGUCACCUUCUCCUCGAACGCGAGAUGAACGAUGAAGGCUCGUGGUCCGACCCCGGCGUGUUCCCUCUCGAGGGCAUUAACGUCAUUUGCGCCGGCGUGUACGCGCUUUCGGAGGCGAAAUGCGCGAUCGUCCUACGUCUGCAUGCCUCAGUGUGCGACCGGACGACGGCCGUGUCGCUGCUGAGGGAGCUGAUGGAGCUCACGGCCGAGGCCGACGGGGUCGCGGGCAAGGGGACGGGCACGGGAUUAAGUAACGAUGGGGAGGGUAAAAUGGGAAUCGAGGGUAUGAUACCUGCCGGGAAGGCGAAAAAGACGAUAUGGGCGCACGGGGUCGACAUGUUGGGGUACAGCGUGAACUCGUUCAGGCUCAGUAAUCUGAAGUUCAAAGACACCAAGCUGCCGAGAUUUUCGGAGGUCGUGAGAAUGCAGAUGGACGCGCGGCAAACAGCGGGGAUUUUUGCUGGCUGUAAAUCGAGAGGGAUUAAGCUCUGCGGAGCAUUAGCAGCCGCUGCGCUAAUUGCUGCACAUUCCACCAAAAACGAGACCGAUCAGCUCACAAAGAAGAAAUACGGAGUCGUAACUCUGAUCGAUUGCCGCCCUCAUCUCGAACCCGCUCUUUCCCCUAACCAUUACGGAUUCUACCAUGCGGCCGUCCUCAACACACACACACUCAAGGGCAGCGAGAUCUUCUGGGACUUGGCCUCCCAAACGUACACCGAUUUCCUGCGCUACAAGAAAUGUAACAAGCAUUUUUCGGACAUGGCUGACAUAAGCUUCCUCAUGCGCAAGGCCAUGGAGAACCCGACCCUCACGGCAUCUUCCUCCCUAAGGACUUCGCUCGUCUCGGUUUUCGAGGACCCUGUGAUUGACGACUCGGGACUGAUGCGGAAGUCGAUUGGGGUGGAGGACUACCUGGACUGCGCGUUCGUGUACCCGUCCCCGCUGCACUCGAGGGAGCAGAUUGCGGAGCUCGUGGGCCGCAUGAAGAAAAUUCUGGUCCAAGAGAGUAGUAAUUGA